AUGGAGCUGCUACCGGCCUUGGUGUUCUGCGCUGUUUUGCUCUGUUCUAAUGCCCAGAGUCAACCUUCCGUGGCUUCUGCAGACUGCAACGACACAGAAAAAGAUGCCAGGGUGGCACUCGACUUGAUCAACAAACAUCGCAGGGACGGCUACAUAUUCUCCCUCCUGCGCGUUGUAGAUGCUCACGUCCAGCACGUUGAAAAUGCAUCCAUCUUUUACUUUACUCUGGAUAUGGUGGAAACAGAGUGCCCCGUAAUCUCCUGGAAGCAAUGGGAAACCUGUGGAUACGGACCGUUCUUUGGCACCUCGGACUUUGGACGAUGUAACGCUGUUAUCUAUAUUAAUCGACCGUCCCGAAAAGAGAGGUUGUAUGGAUACAAUUGUACUACGAGCCCAGUUCCGCCCCAAUUAUAUGAGUGCAAGCGAUGUCCAGUAAAAAUAAUAGUCUUGGAAAACAUUCAGCAAUACAUGGAAGAAGCUGAGAGGGUCCUGGAACACUACUAUCAAGAGAGCAACCAGACGAAGGGUUUCAAGGUGGAUAAAGUCACAAAAGUUUUAUUGGCGGUAUCAGAUCGUACUGGAUAUCGUGUAGAAUUUACCAUAAAGGAGACCAUCUGCCCCAAAACCAAACUUCUAUCACAGUUGUCUGGGUGUGAAUUUCUUCCUGAUAAAUAUGCCCACACUGGAUUCUGCAUCGGAAGAGUACUAAAUGGCACAAAAGACCUGGACGGUGUGGAAUUAGAGUCUUGCGAAAUCUACGAUAUCCAAUACGGGAGACAUCCCAUCCAUGGUCACCACCAAAAUGAUUCCAGAGAACACCAUCACCGCUGUAAUGCUUCUAGGCACGGAUGCCGACACCUACAUCACCAUCACCUUCACCGCUGCAAUGCUUCUGGGCAUGGAAGCCAUCACCACCAUCCUCACCAUCACCAUCACCCUCCCCACCACCACCAUCACCACCAUUGUUGUCCCUGUGGCUCUGCAGGGAACAAAGGUCGUUCGAAUUCCUCCAAAGAGAUCCAAGAAGAAGACUACCCAGGCUUUCCUUCUCCUCCCGGACCCCGUUACCCUCCUCCACCCCCAGGCGGCCCACACCACCUUCCUCCCAGUCAAUUUCCCCCGCCACCAGCUGGGCCUCCGCCUCUUCCAGGUCAACCAUCCUGGCUUCCACCUCUUCAUCGCCAUGCAGAAGGACCUGAUUUUCAUCCACCGGCACGAUUGCCCUGUGGCCCCCACCGCCAUGAGCACAGGCGGAACAACGCAAUCCACGAAAGAGGUGAAGACUGCUCCUCAAAGGAGCGCGACUCGUUCCGAUCCCCCCAGUCUUUCUCUGAGGCCGAGGUUGGUUCCGUCUAUCGCAUUCCACUGGCGAGUGAAGACGAUGUUCUCCAGGCUCCCGGUGCCGACUUCCCCUUCCCUUCACAUGGCGGAUACGAGAAACCAGAUGCUCAGCCUUUCCCACUAACCCCUUCGGAAUCAGAAUCGUGUCCAGGAAAGCCCAUCUUUGAUCUGCCAAUUGACCUGCUGUCUUUGUACCCCCCUACCCAUAUACCCUGA